AUGAAUAAUAAACUAGAAAAAUUAGUGCAAAAUUUGUUCAAAGAAGGUGUUAUUAAAUCUGAAAUUGUUAAAUAAGUUUUAUUAUCUGUAGAUCGAAAAUAAUUUGUUGAUGAGUCCGAUAAAAUAUAAGCCUAUGAAGAUUACCCAUUAUAAAUAGGCUAUAAUGCAACAAUAUCUGCUCCUCAUAUGCAUGCUUACUCUUUAGUAUUGUAUUUAGUAAUUAGGAAUUACUUAAAGAUCAUUUAUAAAAUGGAGUAAGAGCUCUUGACAUUGGUUCUGGUAGUGGAUAUUUAUGUGCAGCAAUGAAGUUAAUGAUGAAAUCAUAAUAAUCAAAAGUAAUUGGCGUUGAACAUGUUCCAGAAUUGGUUGAAAAAUCAAUAAAAAAUUUAAGCUAGUAAAUUACAAUAAUAAUAGAUAGAGCUUACAAUCAAUAGUUAAUAGAUAAGCAAAUAUAAAUUAUAAAAGGAGAUGGACGAUUAGGGUUUGAGUAAGAAGGCCCCUAUUAAGCUAUUCAUGUAGGUGCUGCAGCUGAAACAAUACCACAAAAACUUUUAGAAUAAUUGGAUAAAGGAGGUCGUAUGGUAAUUCCUGUUGGUAAGGGAAACCAAGUGUUUUAAGUAAUUGAUAAGGAUCAAAAUGGGAAAAUUAAUAUUUAAAAUGUUUUAGGAGUGAGAUAUGUUCCUUUGACAGAUUUAAAUAAGCAACUAAAUAAUUGA